AUGGGCGACAACCAGAAACUCGUGACUCAACUGCGCCUCGACGACCUGGUGAAGAAAUGGGGCCCGGAUCCGGUCAACUGGGGAAUCCCUCACACCUCGAAGCUUCUUGAGCAACCCCAGCAGAACUUGCCGCGUCACCUCAUCGUCGCCCUCCAUCGUCUGGCGAAGCACACUCGUACGCAUGCCGACCGCGACUUCGUCACCCGCAAGAUCUGCGACAAGAUGACCGACCGCAUCACCGACGCUCUGUUUGAGCCUCCCACCGCGCCCUUGGACAGGGACGAUCUCAUUCCCUCGGACGUCGAUCACGUCUACAACAAGCUCCAGAAGACCUUCGAAGCCGUUGACGCCCUGUAUGAAGCAAGUGGCGACAACCCUUUCCGCUGGCUCCCUCACAACCACCAGCUGGCUGAUUCCGCCCUCGCCUGGGACUUCGCAUUCAUCAAACAUUUCACGGCCCUCAUGAAGGCUCACCCCGGCGGCCACAUCAUCAUGUCCACGAAGGUCUUCCCGCGCGCUAUCGAGAGUAGGCGCGAACUCAACCCGAACAGCCCGGACUGGCUCACCACAAAGGACUUGAUGUCUGUUCCCGACAUCUACGCCAAGGUUCUUAAGGAGAUGCCGGAGAUGGAGCAGGAGGAGAGCGAGGAGGCAGAGGAGGAGAAUAAGGAGAAGGGAAAGGAAGAGGAGGAGAACAAGGAGAAGGAGAAGGCUGAGGAGCCCGAGUACCCUUCUGCUCCGCGCUACAAGACCGCAUAUGGCAAGAUGCUCGCGGGGCGUCUUGACAAUCUGGAGUUGGGCUUCAAGGAUCUCCGCAAGGACGUCGAGGAGGCAAAGAAGGAGAUCCGUGGUCCCUAG